AACAUCCGAAACUACACAAUGAGCGUGUUACUUUCCAGCCGGCUCGCAACAUACAAGGGUGUCGUGCCCAACAACUAUGUUGCGGGCAUCCUCAAACGCUACCGGUUCGACUUGCCAGCAGAUAUCGAGCGCAACCAUGGCCGCUGGUCCAAGGUGAUUAAGGCCAUCCAGAAUGAAAUGACCGAGCAACGGGCGAAGAUCAAAAAGACACUCCGUGCUGGCACUGACGGUGAUGACCAUCAGGAACACCUCAACAUCUUCAAGCUCACUGUUGAACUCUGCAAGGGCACGUCAUGCAAGCCGUCUCGGAAGACAUUCUUGACGAAUCCCAACCGUGACUUCUGGGAUGCAGCCAACAAGAACCUUGCAGAGAUUCGCAACGUGGCCGGCAGCAAUCCCAAGAAGAUGACCAAGAUUUUUAGCAAGAUCUUAGCGAAUGAU